CAUCUUUAGUGUCGGCUGUGACACAUGACAGAUCCCAGAAGAUGCAGGGCCAUUCACAAAGCACAGCGCUUCUCGUGCAUGUCCGCAGUCUCUUGGUCAUCCCCUGUACUGUCUGCAGUCUCUUAGUCAUCCCCUGUACUGUCUGCAGUCUCCUGGUCAUCCCCUGUACUGUCUGCAGUCUCUGGUCAUCUCCUGUACUGUGUCCGCAGUCUCUGGUCAUCUCCUGUACUGUGUCCGCAGUCUCUGGUCAUCUCCUGUACUGUGUCCGCAGUCUCUGGUCAUCUCCUGUACUGUGUCUGCAGUCUCUGGUCAUCUCCUGUACUGUGUCUUCAGUCUCUGGUCAUCUCCUGUACUGUGUCCGCAGUCUCUGGUCAUCUCAUGUACUGUGUCUGCAGUCUCUGGUCAUUUUCUGUUCUAUGUCUGCA